CACUGUUCCAUUCGUUCGCAUUUUAUCCAGUUCGAAUUUCAAAAAAAAACAAAAAAAAACAAAAAAAAAAAAACAAAUCCAAUUCUUCCAGUCUGUCAGUGUUUCGCUUGCCAGGAAAAACGAAAAAGAAAAGGAAAUCGAUUGUCCAGUUCAGUUCGAUUGAGUUAUUUUUGUUGUUAGCCUUUGUACUUGUUUUGGCUAGAAGAGAGAGAGAGAGAGAGAGAGAGCAAUCAAAGGAAGACAAUAGAAGUGUGUCGUACAUACAUACCCACCCUAAUGGUGCGAACGAAAAUCAUGGACCGACCAGCUUGUGAAAACGGGAAUAAAGCUCGUGUUUGCUAUCCGUUGCGAUCCGAAAAUACUAGUAGCUGAUUUUGUUUUGCCCGGUUUUUUAAUUUCAAAGACAUUUUUCUGUGUCUCGAAAUAUUUCGAACCGUUUUGUUCCAAUCGCAAAACGCUUUUGAACGGCAUCCCUUCUCCCCCCCCAUUUCGCCAUUUCUUUCACUGGAUCUUGCCAAUCAAACUGGACAUUCGGGAAUUGAACGGUGCUGACCUGAUCGUACUCGAAGCACGGCCAACAGCACCGUCAAGGACGCCUUCAACAUGGACGUCGAAGGAUCGGUGAUAUCCGCCGCGGCGGGCAUCGUCAUUCACGUUCUGCUCGCUUUGCUCUUCUUGUUUUCCACCGUUGCCAACGUCCUGGUCAUCGUCAUCUUUUACAGACGUCCAGCAUUGCGCACUCUAUCAAACAGGUUCGUGAUGUCGUUGCUGUCAUUCAACCUGGUAGCCACGACCGUUUUAUUGCCGCUCAUCCUUAUGGACAGCUUGAUCGACGCCCAUUUGUCUUACACGCAUUCGACUGUCGACUACGCCGUCUGCGUGGCUGGACAAGCCGUUACGACGCUGGUUACGACCGGCUCGAUUAGCGCCGCUUUGGUCAUCGCUGUCGACCAGUAUUGCGCCGUCAUGGCGCCACUCCAUUACCAUCGGCGAGUGACCAAGACCAAAGCCUGCCUGCUUUUGGCCGGACAGUGGAUCUUGGCCGUGGCCAUGUCCGCUUUCAGCUUGCCAGAUUCGGCGGGCAAACAUUUUUGGAAAGGGUGCGCGAACAGAGGCGAUCAGCUGUUCGCCUUCGCUGGAAUGUCAGCCACCAGCGACGACGAUCAGCUCAACAUGACGACGCCCUCGUCUGUGACAGCGGCUAAUGAAACGUCCGUCCAGCCUUGGCUGCAAAGCUAUUCGGAAGAAGUGUGGACGAUGCUCUUCGUGUCCAGCUCCGUGUUGUGCUACGUCGUGCCGCUGGCCCUGCUGACUUGGAUGUACUUGCGCAUUUACAGCGCGGCCCACCGGAACAGCCAGCGGACGAGACGGACGAGUUUGACGCACAGCGCCAGCGAGCUGGUCGUCCACUGUCUCGGUCACGGCUCGUCCAACUCGCUGGCCCAAGUCUCGCAGAUGAUGCCUUCGGCUUCGUGUCAGCUGACCGGAUGCGCAGACUCGGCUCCGAUGCCGUCGCGCACUCCGUCGCUCCGCUCAACGUCCAGCCAGAUUGUCCACAACUUGCGCUACCGCAUUUCCAACGCUUCCCUCUUCCUCUACAGGGAAGAGGCCCGAGCCGCCCGCGUUUCCGUCUUUGUCCUCGUCCUCGUCGUCUGCUGCUGGAUGCCCUAUCACGUUCUGCUGGCCCUGCACGGCUGGGCCGGCUGGAGCCACCGUUUACCGUCUUACGCCUACCACUUGACGCUGGUAGCCGUAUUGAUCAACGCCCUUUCGUCGCCGUUUUUGUACGCUUAUCGCUCAAGACGCAUCCAGCGCGAAGUCCGGCGGCUCUUCGGCCUUCCGCCCAAGUCGCGCAAGGGUCCGCACCGCCAUCGCGAACUGUCGGCCAGUCACAAGCGACGCGUGAAGUCGCUUCGCUCUCUCAGUCCGCGUCGGCAGCUGUUGCGCAAACAGGUGCGCGGAGCCGACGCCCUGUCUCCGGAUGAGGUCCAGGCGGCCUUGUCGUGCAACUCGAGGUUCUCUUCGACGGUGGAAGAGCCGGUUGUUUCGCUUCCGUCUUCGUCGGCGGGCGUUGACCAGCUACCGGGCCGGCCUCAAUUGGUGCGCCACCUGUUGGUCAAGAUGAGCCGAUUGUGGCAGAAGCCGUCCGCCACCAGCCAGCUGAGCGUGCACGCGACCGGUAGCGCCGGAUGCGCGGCAGCGGCCGUCACUUCCGAACUGAUGGCCGUGACGGUCGACAUUUCACGCUCCUCUUUCUCCAGCGCCACGAGCUCGAACAGCACAAGCAGCGCCGAAAGCGACGUCAGUUUGUGAGAUUGCGACGAUGAUGGCAGUAUUAACGCGAGGAGGUAACCAUCAGCUCGGCUGAUGAUGGCCCCUCUUUCAUUUCAAUAUUCAAAUCAAACUGGUUUUUAUUCAUUUUUUUUUUUUUCUGCGACUGUUCAGCAAAAAAAAAAAAAAAAAAAAGAAAACAAAUGAGAGACAAACGGAGCGCUUGAUAGACGUGCCAAGGUUGCUCUCUCACCAGUCCGAUGAUGUCUUUCAAUUUGCAUGAAAAGCAAUCUCUUUUUUGUUUGUCUUUGACUUAUUUUCUACAACUAUCGACAUUAAUGUCAGUUUCGUUAUUAAUUGGUCCCACCCGCGAAAUCUUGCGAGACAGCGUGUUUUUAUCGCUUUGCAUCAAUAUCCGUUCGACGCAAAGAGGAGGUAAAACACACACACACACACACAAGAAAAAGUAUUACGUCGUGAUCCACCACGCCCCUGCCCAAGUUCCCCUUGACUUCAUUGUGUUUCUCUUUUUCGAAAAAAUUCGAACACGUGUUUGGCGUGCUGUACAUAUAUUUGUGUUAUCGUGAAUGUAACAAGAACACACCGAUCGCCGCUUGUUUGUUUUGUUUUCUUUUGCUAAUCAUUUGGUAAUACUCGCAAUCCAAACAAACGAUAUUUGAGGCUCCGCCCCGCUUCCCUUUAAACGAGGAUAAGCGAUAAGUAAACUUGAAAAAGAAAAUUAAAAAAAAAAAAAAAACAGACCUAAACUAUUCAAAGAAGUUCUCUAAUUCAUUUCUCUUGUCCUCAUGCUAAUUGUCUCAUAAAAAAAAAAAAUAAAUAAAUAAACUAUUCAACGUA